UUGUCCAGCACAAGCCACUCUACUGUUUAUUCCCUGCUCCUGCAGCUACAGUAAAAUGCGGUCUAUAUAUGCGAGGAUAGAGCAGUAAUCCUCCUGGGACAUCUCGAUGAAGCUCUCCUGGAGGUAAUUGGAAAGCCGUUGCAUGAGGUUCCUGGGGAGAGCGGCCUUAUUGGGUCCUCCGAAGUAUGACACGUUGCCGCGCCACGAGACUAUCAAGUACUCGGGAAUCAUUGCUCUGCACAGCAGGGCGGCAUACGGCCCUGGUCUUUGGAGGCUUUCCCGGAGCAUUCUCUCUCUCUCGCUCUCAGAGAUCCUCAUCAGGGUGAUGUCGCCCAUGGUGACCUGCUUUGAAUUAGCCCCAUCUGCGACUGUCUCAGAAGCUAGCCUGGCAUCACACUCCCAGAGGCUAGCGCGGAUUAGGCGUAGGAAGAAGAGGACACGGGAGGACAUGUUCUCUGAACUUACGGCCUGUUCCCAAGCCCAGGCAGCACAGCAGACCCAGUGGCGGGAGAAAUUGACCCAAAUGCACCAAGCAAACAUGGAUCGGGAGGAGAGGUGGCGGCAGGAAGACCAGCAGGCGACUCAAACGCUGCUUGGACUACUGAGGGAGCAAACAGACACGCUCCGGCGCCUUGUGGAUGUUCUGCAGGAACGGAGGCAGGAGGACAGAGCCCCGCUGCAGUCCAUCUCUAACCGCCCUCCCCCGCCACCAAGUCCCAUACCCACCUCACCCAAAGUGCAAAGAAGGAGUGGCGGCAGAGUCCCUGCUAACUCUCACUCCACCCCUGCAGAGAGCUCUAGUAGCAGAAGGCUCUCAUUCCCCAAAAUUUGAAAAGUUCUUUCCUUCCCGCCUGACACAAGCCCCCGUCCAAGUUUCACCUCCCAGUUCCAUGUGUAGUUGAUAAUAAAAAAUACGUUUCUGUUAA